AUGAUGCGGCGCGUGGGCGAGCCCAAGCUGACUAAGGAGGUCACCGCGGAGCUGGGCAACGUCACCCCUUACAUAAUAGUGCCGGGGCCCUGGAGUGACGAUGACAUCCUGUACCACGCGUCCAACGUGGCGUCAGGGCUGGCGCAGAACAACGGCCACAACUGCCUGGCCGCUGAGAUCGUCGUGACGUCCAAGGACUGGCCCCUGAGGGAGAAGUUCGUAUCCGCGCUGCGCGCGUGCCUGUCGGGCAUACACGAGCGCGCCGCAUGGUACCCCGGAAGCGACGCCAAGCGGGCCGCCUUCACCCGGCGCUUUGGCAACGCCGAGGGGCUGGGCCGGCCUGUGCCCGGGGCGGCCGCACUCGAGGGCGGCCUCAAGCCCCAGCCCUGGCUGCUGGCGGCAGGUGGGCGGCGGCGCGGGAGGGGGCCGGGGCCCGAGGCGUUCGUCAGCGCCGGCGGCGGCGGCGCGAGCGCGGCUCGGGCGUCCACCCAGGAGGAGAACUGGUGCGGCGUGCUGCAGGAGGUCGCGCUGCCCGGCUGCGGCGGCGACGCGGCCGCGUUCCUGGGGGCGGCCGUGGACUACGCCAACAAGCAGUGCUGGGGCACGCUCGCCUGCAGCGUGUUCGUGCACCCCGAGACGCAGCGGCGCCACGCGGAAGCCUGGGAGGCGGCGCUCGAGGGCCUGCGCUUCGGCAGCAUCUGCGUCAACUGCCCCGCCACCACGGGCUUUGUCGCGACGCCGCUGGUGUGGGGCGCCUACCCUGGCAACACGCCGCAGGACAUCGGUUCCGGUGACAGCUACGUCCACAACACAUACCUCCUGGACCACCCCGAAAAGUCGGUCUGCCACGCCCCCUGGACUUACAGCCCGCAGCCCCUCUGGUCGGUCUUCCAGUUGGGCCUGGAGGCGGCGAUGCCGCCAGCGCUGCGCUACAUCGUGAGCCAGGACAGGCCGCUGGUGGCGCUGGCAUAUCUGAUGCAGGUCGCGGUGCACGCGCUGCGGGGCUCGGUGCCGCCGCCGUGGCCGUGGAGGUAA